GUUUUACCUGGGGUUUCGCCUUCUGACGUUCCCCGGGAGACCUGCGCUAAAGCCCGGGCACCCACCAGGACGCGCAAGAUGGAUACGUUCGACAUGGCGGAAGUCAAGGCGUGUCUCUUCGGACAUACUGUGACGACUGGUCCUCCGCGUGCUUACACAUCUGCUCUUCGCUUGUGGCUCGAGCUUCUUCCUGGCGUGAACGCUCUCUUCAAAGUGCAGGGCUCCUCUGUGGUCGCGGACUUGGAAGCAAAGCCCCAGGCGUUCGCUGUGCGUAGGCUCAGGGACGCCUCUCCUCCUUCUCGCACUGCAAUCAAGGCAUUCCUGAAGAGCAGGCCUGUCCCUCAAAUUGCCCUCGUCAUCUCGCGGAGGUUCUCUAGCAUCCCUGUCGAGCGAGUCAUCAUGGAGAUUAUGCCCUCGCCGGAGCCCCCGCAAACGGCUUGGUCGCCUGCUGGGUCUCCUCGCCCGGUGCCGCGCUCACCGGUGCUAGCUUGGUCAAUGCCUACCGUGGUCGAAGACGUCUUCUUACCUGGCGGUCCCUUCAUAGAAAUGACGGAGGAAGAGAAGCCCCUCAUGCCUGUACACGGGGUGCAGAAGCUGCGCAAGCAAAGCCUGCAGAGGGUCCUCGCCCGGAUGUCUCGAUUCGGUACUCCGGCUCGUGGGUCUCAUCUCAUGCGUCCUUUCAUCGGUGCAUCGAGGAUGGAUGCGUAUCUGUCGGCUCUCGAGGCGCAGACCUUCGACGUGAAGGGCCCCGGAGGACGCAACUCCAUCGGACCAGCCACGCACACACGUCGGGCUCUGGUCAGGAUGCUGAAGACGGCGUGUCGAGCUGCCUGUCGGAACGCGACGAAGCUGGUUCUCAGCCCGUGGAGACUUCUGUUGCGGGUGCUCUUGCGCAAGUGACAGAGGAUCUCUGUCAUGCACUGCAUGGCGGUUGGAUGUUGAGCUUGCUUCCCGAGUUUGGUUAUUGUGUUAGGUUGAUCACGGUGUUUCAUUGUCGAUCCUCGGCCAGCCUUGUCCUCGAUUGUGUAGUUUGACUUCUCGAUGUGUGAUUGCAUCACUGUACAGUGUAUCAUUCCUAUGUAUGUUCACGGUUCACCAAGCUUUACCGUGUC